AGCACACAUGUAGUAAAAUAUUUGCACAUCAAAGCAAUAGAAAAACAUAAUGCAAUGCUAAAUAAUCCUGAGUUUUUCAUACCCUCAGCUUAAAGAAUUGUCGAAUUUCGCGGUUGUUUCCAAGCAGCCAGCAAUGGCUGCACUGUUCCUUGAGUGCAAUGUUUAUACCCAACAAUUCAAAAUUUCUGUAUCUCUUCUUGAGUCAAUAUCAAAAGUCAAGAACUGCCAAAAAAGAAUUAACAAAAAAUUUCUGUGUUUUACCUUUUAGACAUAUCAAAAUCUCACUUGUUUUUAAUACUCUUAAUUAUGUAAUAACUUUUUAUCUAACUUAUCAAUCAUACAAACCAAACCCAUUUUUUUAUUUCAAUUAAUUUUUCUCCAAAACCCUCUCUUCUUCCCCAAUUAUUAUGGAGCUUCUGAAACCCACUUGCCCGACCCGAGAAUCCAUUUCUGGGUUGUCUUCUUCGGGGGGUUUCAGGGCUUUGUAUGACCGGACAGUGAACACCCAGUUGCCAAAUAUUGCUGAAGAUGGCUGUAGUAACAGUAGCAGUAGCAGUGAGAAAGUGUAUGUUGCUGUCGGAAAAUCAGUGGAGAAAGGUUUGAGUUUGAUUCAAUGGAGUGUUAACCGCUUUAGGAGCAAAGAAAUUUGUAUACUUUUUGUUCACCAGCCUUCUCUUCAUAUACCAACUCUAUUGGGAAAACUACCAGCAAGUCAAGCAAAUUCAGAGGUGGUGUUGGCACAUAGAAGGGAGGAAAGGGAACAGACUAGAGUGCUUUUGGAAACUUACUUGGAUAUUUGUCACAGAGCCAAGGUUGAGGCAAGUAUAGUGACAACUGAAAGUGACCAAGUUCUAAAGGGAAUUGUAGAAUUGGUAAAUAGACAUGGUGCUAGGAAGCUUGUUAUGGGAGCAUUACCAGACAAGUUCAUGAAGGUGAAAAAGAGCUCCGAGAAAGCAAAUUUUGUAGCCAAAAGUAUCCCAUUAUUCUGUGAAAUUUGGUUUAUCAACAAAGGGAGACAUGUGCGGACAAGAGAAGCAUCUGAAAUGUCAAGUCACGCUGAGGGGGAAAAUGAUGAUACUUUAAAGUCCAAAUCAUUGAGAUGUAGCAAGAAUAAAAUGCCAUUCUACCCAAAGUGCCGCUCGUCUGGCUCUGCUACAGAUGUUACAUGGGCCAAAGUUAACGAUUGGUUUCAGAUUGAAGGAAAUAGUUCAGAAGAGCUGGUGAUGCGCACGAGGUCCAGUUCUACCGGUGGACGUUUUCCCCAGAAUACAUUUAGUUCUUCAAGUAGUAGCUCCCGCACUUCUACUGAAAGAAGGGUAUCUGUUGAUUCUGAUCUAAAGGUUGAGGAUGAGAGCUUAUAUUGUCAGCUCUUGGAGUUCAGGAUAGAAUCGGAAGCAUCAAAGAACAAAGCAUUUGAAGAGCUUUCAAAGCGCAAAAAACUGGAAUUUGAUACUUUGGAAGCCAUUAGCAAGGUCAAAAUCUUUGAAUCUGCCUGUACGAAUGAACUUAAACUUAGAAAAGAAGCCGAGGACUCAUUGAGGAUUACAAUAGAGGAACAAGAAAAACUCUUGAAAGAGAAAGUAGCACUAAUGAGAGAGCUGCAAAGGACCAUGAAAAAUGUUGCUCUUUUAGAUAAUCGUGCAAAGGAAGCAGAUCGUAGGCAGGAUGAAGCUGCUGGAGAGUUGAAAGUCAUACAAACUUCCAUUGCAUCUCUAAGGCAAGAAAAGCAGAGGAUCCAACGGCAGAAAAUGGAAGCUGUACGAUGGCUUGAGCGAUGGAAAAACCGUGGGGCUGGAGCUCCAAACUGCAAUGAUUUUCUUGGGUUUGUUGAAGAGUUUCCCGAGAUAGCGGAAUUCUCAGUUUCUGAUUUGGAAACUGCAACAUGCAAUUUCUCUGAAAGCUUCAAACUGGGCCAGGGAGGAUAUGGUUGUGUUUACAAGGGUGAAAUGUUGGGUAGAACUGUUGCUAUAAAGAAGCUUCAUCAGCAUAACAUGCAAGGACAGUCAGAGUUUCAAAAAGAGGUUCAAGUUCUUGGAAAAUUACAACAUCCUCAUCUGGUGACUUUGCUUGGUUCAUGCCCAGAAGCGUGGUCUCUUGUUUAUGAGUAUUUGCCUAAUGGGAGCCUCCAUGACUGCCUUUUCAGGAGAAGUAAUGUUUCCCCUAUGACAUGGAAGGUUCGAGCUCGGAUUAUAGCAGAAAUUUCAAGUGCACUUUGCUUCUUACACACUUCUAAUCCUGAAAAAAUUGUUCAUGGUGAUCUGAAACCACAAAAUAUCUUACUUGAUUCUGAACUUAGCAGCAAAAUAUGCGAGUUUGGGAUUUGCAGGCUUGUGACUGAUGAUACACUUUACUGUCCAAGUUUUUGUCGGGGCACCGAGCCGAAGACCGCUUUUCCAUACACAGAUCCAGAGUUCCAUAGAGUUGGCAUUCUGACACCAAAAACUGAUAUUUAUUCCUUUGGGGUGAUCAUUCUACAGCUGCUGACUGGAAAGCCUCCUGUUGCGUUAGUAGGUGAAGUGCGUCGAACAAUGUCUAGUGGAAAAUUAGCCUCAAUUUUGGAUUCCUCAGCUGGAGAAUGGCCAACAUUUGUUGCAAGAAGACUGGUCGAGUUGGGGCUGCAGUUCUGUGAAUUGAACAGCAGGGAGAGACCUGAGCUGACACCGGCUUUGGUGAGGGAAUUGGAACAUUUGCAUGUUUCCGAAGAACGACCAGUACCCUAUUUCUUCUUGUGCCCCAUUCUUCAGGAAAUUAUGCAUGAUCCCCAGGUAGCAGCUGACGGAUUCACCUAUGAAGGUGAAGCCUUGCGCGGAUGGUUAAAAAAUGGCCGUGAAACCUCUCCGAUGACUAAUGAGAGAUUAAGUCACUUGCAUCUUACUCCAAACCAUGCAGUGCGUCUUGCAAUUCAAGACUGGCUCUGCAAAUCUUGAACCAGAUUUUCAUGCAGUAUAUAGCUUUUUCUGUAUAUUUCUCCCGUGUAUUAGUGAAUUCUUAGCCAUCCGUUUAUUACAUUUGCACAUAUAGCAAAUAGGUGUUUUACUGCUACAUUCUGUACAAUGAUAUGAUGAAUAAAAUUCAUUUAUUUAUUUACUAGAAAAAUUCUAUUAA